AUGGCCGACAACAAUAUGAACACCAUCUGCGCCUCUCGCUACUUACAGCAGUCACGUCCGGCAUCAAGCACGCUCGAGAUAGAAGAUCAGAAAUUGAAGAAGAAGAAGAACAAGGUUGGCACACCUUGCGGGGACGGCACACCAAGCGGGGACGGCACACCAAGCGGGGACGGCACACCAAGCAGGGACGGCACACCUUGCGGGGACGGCACACCAAGCGGGGACGGCACACCAAGCGGGGAUGGCACACCAAGCGGGGACAGCACACCACGCGGGGACGGCACACCAAGCGGGGACGGCACACCAAGCGGGGACGGCACACCAAGCAGGGACGGCACACCAAGCGGGGACGGCACACCAAGCGGGCACGGCACACCAAGCAGGGACGGCACACCAAGCGGGGACGGCACACCAAGCGGGGACGGCACAGCAAGCGGGGACGGCACACCAAGCGGGGACGGCACACCAAGCGGGGACGGCACAGCAAGCGGGGACGGCACACCAA